AUGUGCAUUGAAGUCGCCAGUGGAACAAAAGGGCACUGGAAUUCAAGCGCCUCACAUCGCUUCCCCGCCUUCGCUCGGCUCUUCCUCACCCGAGGCGGAGCGACUUGGCAACGAGCUGAGCGGGACUCGUCGUCCCCAAGAAGCUGCAGCAGCGGCGAGAAGAAAACCGCAAGGACGCCGGGAGGGGAACAGGCAGCGCGCCCGCGAGACCCGGCAGGGGGCUGUGCCGCCAUUGGCUGGCCGCCACGCGGCGCACGUCGGGCGGGAGAGAGACGGCCGGCCGGCCUGGCCCAACUUGCUCCGCGCGUGCCGGGAAUGGAGCGCAACUUGAGCGCCGGGCUGAGCAACGAGUCGGCAGUGGCGGCGGCGGGGGGCGCGGGCAGCAAGGGGGAGGCGGCGGCGUGGGCUUUCGGUGCGGUGCUGUCCGUCAUGUAUGUGGCCGGCGUGACGGGCAACGUGUACACGCUGGCGCUGCUGUGGCGCUCGGGCCGCUGCGCCCGCGGGGCGCCCUUGUCGGGCUCCAUCGCCAGCCUGGCGCUGGCCGACCUGCUGUACCUGUGCUCCAUCCCGUUCAUCGUGGGCACGUCGGUGGCGCAGGACUGGUACUUCGGCGAGCUGGGCUGCCGCGUGCUGCUCAGCCUCGACCUGCUCACCAUGCACGCCAGCAUCUUCACGCUGACCGUCAUGUGCACCGAGCGCUACUUGGCCGUCACUCGUCCGCUGGCCACGCGGCACCGGGCGCGGCGCUUCCGCAAAGCCACGGCCGGCGCCGUGUGGGGGCUCUCGUUGCUGCUCACCCUGCCCAUGAUGCUGAUGGUCACGCUGAGCCGGAGCCGCGACGGCAAGCACAUCUGCGCGCCCACCUGGAGCCGCGAUGCCUACCGGCUCUACCUGACGGUGCUCUUUAGCACCAGCAUCCUGGCCCCCGGGCUGAUCAUCGGCUGCCUCUACGCCCGCCUGGCCACUACCUACCUAGAGUCACAGAGGAACCCGCCGUGCAAGAGGGACCCCAAGCGCUCUCCGCGCCAGAAGGUGCUCAUCCUGGUCUUCACCAUCGUGCUGGUCUUCUGGGCUUGCUUCCUGCCCUUCUGGAUCUGGCAGCUGGUGCCCCUCUACCACGGGCCCCUCGGGCUCCCGCCCCACACCCAGAAGUGCAUCAACUACCUAGUCACCUGCCUGACCUAUAGCAACAGCUGCAUCAACCCCUUCCUCUACACCUUGCUCACUAGGAACUACCGCGAGUACCUGCGCAACAGGCACAGCAACUUCUACCGUUUCACCUCUUCCUUCCGCAAGAGGGGCGCCAACUUGCACUGCUCUUGGAGGCGAUCCACUUCCUCCGACACCCACUACGAGUCCGGAUCUGAGGCCCUGAGCAUGGCUGUGUUGAGGGACUGCAAAUGAACCCUCCCCCUCCCCCUGUUUGUUAGGAGCAGCUUCCAAACUCCUCCAAGAUCCAGGUGGGCCUGGGCAAGGGUUUCUCUGGCUGAUCCUUCUAGCCGCCUGUUAUGUUAAAACAGGAUCCCCAAUUCCAUGGUCAGGAUUGCAGGUGAAGGAGAU